UCCCCGGAAAUUACGUAACAAGACGUGCGUGGCGCAGGGCCGCUGUUUCCGCAAACAGAAUCGUGUGUGGCUGUGCUGUGUUAGUGUAUGAAGUUUUGCCAUCAAUUUAAGUAAUCAACAAUGGAAAAGCCUGCAAAUGCAGAGGAAUAUGAAAAGAUGUCUCGUGAACAGGCAAAAUCCUCCGUAAAUUCUGAAACAGAGUCUUCAUUUAGUAUUGAUGAAAAUACAACAGCUUCUGGGAUUGGGCUUUCUGAACAGCCUCCUAUCUGUGAGCUAGCAGACACACCAAAAAAGAGGAAAGAGUUUGAAGAUAAUCUUUUAAAGGAAAGUUCCAGUUGUGGGGAAGACACUCCAUCCAAGAAAAGAAAACUUGAUGCUAAAAUUGUCCCAGAGGAAAAAGGUUCUGGUGAUGAUGAAGGCAUGUCAAAGAAAAGAAAAAGAGAAACUGAUGAUGUUCUCAAAGAUGAACCUUCCACUGGAGAUGGCACUCAAAAAAAGAGAAAAAUAGAACUUGAGGAUGUUUCUGAAAAGCAGAAAAACCUGGAAGAAGGACACAGCUCAACAGUAGCUGCUCACUACAAUGAACUUCAGGAAGUUGGUUUGGAGAAGCGUAGUCAAAGUCGUAUUUUUUACCUAAGAAACUUUAAUAACUGGAUGAAAAGUGUUCUCAUUGGGGAAUUUUUAGAAAAAGUACGACAGAAAAAAACCCGAGAUAUCACUGUUUUGGACCUGGGAUGUGGUAAAGGCGGAGAUUUGCUCAAGUGGAAAAAGGGAAGAAUUAGCAAGCUCGUUUGUACUGAUAUUGCUGAUGUUUCUGUCAAACAGUGUCAGCAGCGGUAUGAAGACAUGAAAAAUCGUCGUGAUAACGAAUAUAUUUUCAGUGCAGAAUUUAUAACUGCUGACUGCUCAAAGGAACUUUUGAUGGACAAAUUUCAUGACCCAGGAAUGUGCUUUGACAUCUGCAGUUGUCAGUUUGUCUGCCAUUACUCAUUUGAGUCCUAUGAGCAGGCUGAUAUGAUGCUCAGAAAUGCCUGUGAGAGACUUAGUCCUGGGGGCUAUUUUAUUGGUACUACCCCCAAUAGCUUUGAACUGAUAAGACGCCUGGAAGCUUCAGAAACAGAAUCAUUUGGAAAUGAAAUAUAUACUGUGAAAUUUCAGAAGAAAGGAUAUUAUCCUUUAUUUGGCUGCAAAUAUGACUUCAACUUGGAAGGUGUUGUGGAUGUCCCUGAAUUCUUGGUGUAUUUUCCAUUGCUAAAUGAAAUGGUGAAGAAGUACAAUAUGAAACUAGUCUACAAAAAAACAUUUCUGGAAUUCUAUGAAGAAAAAAUUAAGAACAAUGAAAAUAAAAUGCUGUUAAAACGAAUGCAGGGCCUGGAGCCAUAUCCUGCAAACGAGAAUUCUAAACUUGCCUCUGAGAAGGUGGAUGACUAUGAACAUGCAGCAAAGUACAUGAAGAAAAGUCAAGUAAGGUUACCUUUGGGAACCUUAAGUAAAUCAGAAUGGGAAGCUACAAGUAUUUACUUGGUUUUUGCCUUUGAGAAGCAGCAGUGAGCAUGUAGGCAGUAGUUGCAGAGGAACUGUGCUCUGUCCUGCACAGAUUUGAACAAUCCAUCUCAGAUACAUUUGACAGCUCUGUUUAUUUUAAUUCUAAAUGUACAGGAUGCUGCCAGAAACUCCAGUGUGUAAAUUCAACAUUUGCUGUCUGUGACAGAUGAACUUUGGUGUAUGUAUAUAAGAAGGAGUUGGGAUCUUUGUCUUUAAAAUCUAUUUUUAAGUAAUGUUCUAAGAAUUCCAUUUGCCCCUAGUCUCUUAGCUCUUAAAAAUUAUAAUAUGACUUGUAAAAGCAACUGAACUCCUUUCCACAGUGCUCUGAUUUGUUCAAUGUGUGUUAACAGUGUUAAAUUCAUUGCAGUUGUAGGAUUGGUCAGAGCAUUUCCAUCAUGUGCUCAAUUUCUGUAGUUUUUUGUUAUAUAUUGUUUUUUAAGACUAAAUGUGUUGCAUUCUGUACAAUUGAAUGUAAGUGUAUAUGUAUUACUAAAGUUAUAAGUUUAAAACUCAAUUUAGAUGGUCAUAAAGGCUACUUAACUAGAUUUUUAGCGAUUUAUUGCAUUUCAAAAUAAAUAACUACUUUAUUUGCUAAUAUGCUGCAAUCUGGAGCUCAUUAGAACAUUUUAUAUGGCAGCAUAGAAUUAUUUUGGAAUUCUUUUAAGAAUUUCCUACCAUAGCAAUUUUUCCAGUUAUCAAGAUUGAAAUUAGACAAAUUUACCUUUCUUCAUUGAAUGAUGCCAUGGUUAUUUUGCUCAAGAUUUGGUGAAAAUCCCUCUCAUGUAAACCUGUUGCACAUUUUUUUCAAACUUAUAAAUGGAACUGUAGUAGAAGUUUAGGGCUGUAAAGAGAGCAAAUAGAUUUCAGAUUAAUUCUUACUGACUAAUGCUGUGUACCCACUUCAGCCCCAAAAUAAGCAAUACCUGUUCCUCUGUGACAACAUCAGAACUUUGUACAGUAGGUGCCAUUGUCUAAUCACGGUUCAGAAUUUUUAUUUGCCAUUUCAGAACUAUUAUGAUUGUCAUUAAAACUAUCAAUGGUGUAAUACUCUUCCAAAACUUAUGCCUAUGUCGACUAUUGUCUUUACUAAACUUGCCAGUUUUUAGAUGUUGUAAAAUACUUAAAGAGCAAGGCAGAGCAAUUGCAUAUUCUUUUAAAGAUCAUGUAUUUAAAGCAUGGUUUAUAAUAACAUUACUUUCUGUGGUUAUUCAUAGUACUUGUUUUAAAAACAUAGUCUCUUAAUUAGUUUAUAUCUGUUGAUUGUUCAUGGUGUUAAGAGUAGCAGGCUUUUUAGCAAGCAAACACGGGUUUCUUCAUUUCUGUUCCUUUUACAAUCUGUCAAUCUCCAAACUAUUACCAAUUUAUAAAAAUUAAGUCUUUUUUUUUUUUUUUUUUUUGCUGUAGUAAUGAUUUACCUUAAGUCAUAUGGGAAAUAAAUAAUAAUACAUCUGACCCUGGUGGUUGCUAUUAGCUAGGAAAGGCUGGGUAAUGGUGCAGGAGAGGUGGAGAAGGGGAGAGGAGCUCUUUUACAUAUUUGGGUUCAUUUUAGUUCUAGGGAAGGGCCAGAAGUAUUUUGAUAGUUUGGUAGGUACAGAAAGCUUCAUCAUUAUUUCCUGUUGUUCUCAUUUAAUGCUCUUAGUUAAACAGUAAUAGUAAUGCUUGUAUUUGUAGCCUCUUUCAGCCCUUUGUAUGCUCUUUCAGCAUACAAAGUGGGACAGGCUUUGAGGCAGGGUGUGAUAUUGGUCAACAGUAGAAAAGCAGAAAAAGCAUUGUUAGCCAUGAAAUGUCCAAAUUUUCAGACCCAUUAGCUCUUUAGGAAUUUAUUCUUCAGCCUCACAUAGCUUAUUGCCAUUAAGUUAUUUUGAUAUAUAUAUAUUACAUUACAUGGGUAAUUUUGGGAAGAGAAGAAUCUCCCAAAGGAUGGAGUAACUGGUGGUAAUACAAAGCAGAGAGAACAGAAAGGUGGAGUUCCUAGGGCCUUUAGUGACUAGAAAGGAACAGGGAGCCAGACUGGAUCUGCACAGGGGCUCUGGGAACUGAGCCAGCUGUUCUAGGUGUGGGAGAGGCUCAUGCGGAGCCUACAGGGCACUGAGCUCAGGCAGCCACCUUUUUCCUUGAGCUUUGUUCGCCGGUUGCCUUAUCUGUUCUUCCUUGCUGCAAUUAUCUGGUCAGUGGCUCAAGAAGAGUCAAGGAAAGGACUGGAAAAGCUAGCCCCUGCCCACUCUCUCCCAUCAACAAGGUGAAGGCUGGUAGUUCUCUCCCCCUAAACAUUCCACAUUCUGACUGUUUGGUUUUCCAUUUAAAAAAUUGGUAACUGUUACUCAAGGGGUAUGGCUUUCCACUGGGAGGCCAGGAAGAGUGCCUGUUAUACCAAGCUCAGUGAAGUAGGUGGUUCCUGGAAGUGGCCACAGGGCACUCCCAAUGCUGCCACGCAGAUUUAUCAUCCAAGAGUGAAUUAGAAAUGAAGAUCAAAUCAGCCAUUUGUGGGAAUUGAAGAACUGGAGAUUGGGAUGAUUGGCCUGGGAACAUGGCUGGAUUUUGCUAUAACCAGGAAUGCUAACAUUGAAUUCUUUGGGCCUAGAAUAUACUCAAGGAGUGGCACUAGUAGCCACAGGGUUCAGGAAGAGAAGCUGGCCAUUUGCUGCUAUAUCUGGGGCUAACCUGCAGAGAGAUUCAUAAGCCUGCCAGAGAGUAACUUGCGCACCGCACUGUCAGGCAGGGCCCUCCUGCACCCACCAUGCACUCUGGGUAUGGUGUAACUCCCCAAAGAAGUUUGCCUGCAGUGAGAAAAAUUACUGGGUAGAGACCCUCACUUAUGUUAAUGCAUCUGUGGAAAGACUGAUGGGUACAGUGGAUUUCCUAGUCUGCUUCCCCCACCUACACUUGGGAGUUGAGGAAAUAGGAUUGCUGUUUGACUUCACAUGUUCACAUAGGAUCAGAGCAGAAGCAUACAAAGUGGGACAGGCUUUGAGGCAGGGUGUGCUAUUGGUCAACAGUAGAAAAGCAGAAAAAGCAUUGUUAGCCAUGAAAUGUCCAGGUUUUCAGACCCAUUAGCUCUUUAAGAAUUUAUUCUUCAGCCUCACAUAGCUUAUUGCCAUUAAGUUAUUUUGAUAAAUAUUUAAAUAUCCUGAUGAAGAUUUGGCUUCUUAUAUAGGUCUGCCUACAGAGUGAAACAUUAGCUACUGAACAUUAUUUUCUCAGGCUUUGUAUGUUUGGGUUAUCUUGAGCUAGUCACUGCAAAGGUCUCUAGGUUUGUAGAGGCCAGAUCCAGGGACCAAGGCCCAGUAAUAGAAGUUGUACCAAAAUACCUGUGAUGUUUAGUGGUCAAAUAGGAGGUAUAAGUUUAUAAUGUUACAACCUCCCUAGUUGCUAGUAUAUCAAAUACUGCCAUACCUGGUAAGUUUUUUAAUUUUGUGCCCUUUGACAAAACAAACAUUCCUGAAUCUUUGAAGGCAACCAAUGUAAUGACUGCUGAACUUACUUUAUUAUAUACUUAACAUUUAUUAAGCUCCUACCUUAUAGUAAUCACUAUUCUAAAUGUUUUACACGUGGUUAACUCAUUUUGAUCCUUGUAACAGCUCCAUGAGGUAAGCACCAUUAUCCACAUUUUAAUGAUGAGGAAACCAAGGCAUAGAGAGGCUAUAGAUGUGCUCAGGAUAGGGCCAGGAUUUUAACGCCCCACCCCAAGUUAGGCAUGUCCUCCAGUAGCAUGUUCAGUAUCUCCAAGGGUAUCAGGCCCAGCCUUGCCUAUCCACUGCCUGCAACUCCAGAUGUUAACUAUUAGAGCUCUACUGUUUUGAUUCAGAACUUUGUUACACUUACUUAAAUGUUUGCCGAGAGGAGCAUUUAUUGCUGAGUAAGAAGUUUUGUUGAGAGAGGGUAGAGAAAGCAGGAGAGACUUGAGCAUACUGGCAGGAAGCAAAAAUAGACUUGGUUUUCAUAGUUUGGUAGCCCUGCUCCUUUAGCAGCUAGUCCUGUAGCAAAUCUAGUUUAGUCUGCAAGGGAGAGUGGUUCUCUUCCUACUCUCACCAUUGGAAGUGGCAGUUAAGAGUGUGAGAGUGUGGGCAAGGGGAGAGGCCAAGAAAGAAACAUUUCUUCAGUCCAAGUAUCCAGAGGCAAAUUGUUUUGUUUAACAUUUUAUUUAAGUGUAACAUCCAUACAAACAGUGUCAGUUAUUUUUCCAAAAUGGGUCACCUGCAUACAAUCAGAACCUCAGAAGCUCCUAUCCGGUUCCCUUUCAGUUACUACCUCUCCAAGGGUAACCACUAUCCUGAAUUCUAAGAGCAUAGAGGAGUUCUGUCUGGGUUUGGAUGUUACAUGAAUGGAAAUAAACAUGCAUUCUUUGUACCUGGCUUAUUUCCCUCAAUAUUGUUUGUGAGACUUUUGUCGCAUGUAUUUGUACAUGGUCCUUCCUUUCCAUGGUUGUAUAGUAUUCCAUUGUGUGAAUAAACCACAUACUAUUUAUCCAA